AUUAAUUGUGGUCACAAAUGCACUUGUAUUGAAGAAAGUGGGAACCUUGGACGCCACGACACGCAARCCGGAAAACAAAUAUUGACAGAAGCGGUCAACUUCACAAGAGCACCAAACAAACACAACCAUUGCUUCCUACAGAGAAUAACCACAGUUACUACUAGAAUGCCACCGAAAUCCUCUGUAUCGACAACCUCGAUUUGUGAAAUGRACAUGAAGGCUGCAGCUGAUUACGACCCGAAGGCCGUUACCUCCAUGUUAUCGGAAGAAUUGAUGAAACUGAACUCUGAGGAUCGGAACCAAAUAACGGAAGAGAUGCACGGAGUCCGAAACAUGUCGCUGCAAGAGACACCCGAUGUGCAAACCAGAGCACUAGGAAUGCUGCAAAACCAAUUAGACCGGAUGCCACCGUCGAAAAAGGCCGCGUAUGACAAGGCGCAAGGCCUCGAGAAAACCUACGUGAACGACGAUAAAUUUCGGCUUCGUUUUCUCCGGGCGGAGCUGUUUGAUGUCGACCGGGCCGCGGAACGAAUGACGUCGCAUCUGGAUUUGAUUCUGGAGUUGUUUGGCGAUGAGGUCCUCGCGAGGCCUCUGAGGACCACUGACUUUAAGGGAAAGUUAGUAAAAAGGAUCCURCSAGGUGGUCUAGUACAAUUGCUCCCUUACCGAGACCGCAGUGGACGGCGGGUGAUGGUGAUUCUCUCUGACGUUAUGUCCUAUARUCACAUCGCGAGGGUACGUCGUGCGUAGCGGUGUAUCAUUAAAGCGGARUUUGGGUU